GAAACACAAAUGUGCACUGUUAGUUAUGGUUUCUGAUUAAACCAUCAUCUCCAUAUAUGUAAUGGUGUGUUGGGGAGUGAUCAAGGAGUUCGUGGUUUAUCUUGACGCCUCUAAUGUAUCUAAAGAACUAAUUAUUAUUGAUUUUUUUUAUGCUUACAUUCCACCCUUCCUUCUGCUCCCCAUGUGAUUGCCCACAACGAUCCUGUGAGCCAGAUCAAGGCUGAGAGAUGAUGAACCAAAGGGAGCUCUCAUCCAGAGUUAGAAAAACUUCCUUUCUGAGACUGUGCUGUGACGAUGGCUGCCGACUCGGAGGUGCUGCAUUUCCAGUUCGAGCAGCAGGGCGACGCCAUCCUGCAGAAGAUGAACCUCCUUCGGCAGCAGAACCUCUUCUGCGACGUCUCGAUCUACAUCAACGACACCGCCUUCCACGGCCACAAGGUGAUCUUCGCCGCCUGCUCCACUUUCAUGCGCGACCAGUUCCUGCUCACCCAGUCCCAGCAGGUGCGCAUCACGAUCCUGCAGAGCGCCGAGGUGGGCCGGAAGCUCCUCCUCUCGUGCUACACGGGCGCGCUGGAGGUGAAGAGAAAGGAGCUCUUGAAAUACCUCACGGCGGCCAGUUACCUGCAGAUGGUCCACAUCGUGGAGAAGUGCACCGAGGCUCUCUCCAAAUACCUGGAAAUUGAUGCUGCUGUGGAAGGCGACGGCACGGAUGCCGAGAAAUGCCACUCCUCCCACACGGAGCUGGGAGGCGGAGAGGGCGGCCUGGAUAAAGACUGCGAAAUCAUUGAGAUCUCCGAAGAUGGCCUCGAUCCUUUAGAGAACCGCGUCAAACAGGAGAAAGGGGAGAACUGCCGGCCAGGGGUGCAAAGUUUGAGGUCAGAGCAGAAGGAGGCCAGAAGCCCCGAAAUCUCAACGAUAGAGAUCGGGUACAAAGACGACGAGAUCUGCAUCUUCCAAAUGGACGCCCUCAACACGCCGAACGUGGAAGACGAGCAGUUUUCGCAACCUUCCACCUCCUCGAAAACGACUUUGUAUUUCCCUGAAACUCAGCACUCCUUGAUCAAUUCGACGGUGGAGAGCCGGAUGACAGAUGUCCCUGGGGCUCCGUUCCAAAGCUUCGGGAGCGAGCAUUCGGAAGGACCCGUCGGCGCCGUGGGCGGGUUCCAAAGCCCCGAGGACUCCAGCUGCUACCCCUGGCGGCACCAGUGUCCCAAGUGUCCCCGGGGGUUCCUCCACUUGGAAAACUAUCUCCGCCACCUGAAAAUGCACAAACUCUUCCUCUGCUUACAAUGCGGGAAGACCUUUACGCAGAAGAAGAACCUCAACCGGCACAUCCGCGGUCACAUGGGCAUCCGUCCUUUCCAGUGCAUGGUGUGUCUCAAGACCUUCACGGCCAAGAGCACCCUUCAGGACCACUUGAACAUCCACAGCGGAGACCGGCCCUACAAGUGUCACUGCUGCGACAUGGACUUCAAGCACAAAUCCGCCCUCAAGAAGCACCUGACCUCCGUGCACGGAAGGGGCGGCAUGGAGAAGACAGCCUUCGACACUAUCACGGAAGUCAGAAUAGAUUAUGACUAGAGGUGGCGAUUCGGGCAGGUGCAAAGGAAACAACCUCGCAUGUGUCUUCAAAGCUUCCUGUUUGAACUUCCUGCUUCUGUCACGGAACGCUGGCAGCGUUCAGAAGGGGGAUAAAAACUGCUAUGGAAGACUUAAUUUCAGAAUGAAAUGGACAUAUUUACCAGACCAGCCAGACUCAAAACAAAAAUCUCAUCUCCCUUCUUUCCAGCUGAAAUGUUUCGGAUCCUUUUGAUACGUGUUCAUAUAGAUGUGGAUUUGUUCAGUAAAGAGAUCGGUUCAUCCCUAUGGCGCACAUAGAUUUCCUGGUUUGCCCUGGGCCGUUCCAUUAAUUGCUAUCUUAUUUUCUGAGGAAACGAGGUGUUCGAAAUCUGACACCCACUGGCAAAGGUAAACAACAAACAUAAAUUUCUGAAGCCUUUCUGACGCCUUUGUAAAUACCUAUAUACAUUCCAUUGGCCACCCUGACUCACUCUGUAUGUAUGUCUCCAGAACAUGAAGGGAAAAGGAAGGUCCGCUCUUAACCGGAGACGAACAUGCCCCUGCUCCACCUGAACUAACUUGUUUUGGGUACUUUUCCAGUUGGUGUGAUGCCCUUUUUCGGCUCAGAAGUUGUUUUUGGUUUGCAAAAAUCCACCGCUGAGAAACACCUUCAUUAUGACAAAACACACCUCCCACAAAAUAAUGUGAAAUCUUUUCUCCAUCAAGUGCUGCCUUUUUUCUUUUUUUACUCUGUUGGUUUGUCCUGCUUUUUUUCUCCUAAAGGUACAUAUAAAUAAAUGUUCUGAUGUGUUAACGGUCCAAGUUACAAGCCAAACUCUCUGUAUUUCGGAAGCCGGCUCUCUCCAGUUGUGGCUUCUGUUGUCCUCCCGGUUGGGAGGGCGCCGGCUUGAGAAAGCAGCUGUACGUGAAUUUCGUCCUCUUGCCUGCUGUUUGAAGACUCCUCUAUUUGACUCCGUUGUGAAAGUGCUGUAUAGGUGUUUACGCAAACAGACGUGUCCCUUUUCACCCAGAACGCCCCCCUGGUCGCUUCAACCCCUGCCUUCUGCUACAGAGCAGCAGCUUUCAUCUCCUGCUUCUUGGUGAGCCAAUUGUUUUUCUUCUAUUCCGUGACCUAUGUUGAAAAUAAAAUUUGCUCAGAGUU